GAAAUAAAUUAUUGAUACACAGAUGUAUGUCGUUCAUAAAUUAAUAAUUAUAUAGGAAAAAUUAGCAAUAGAUUUAGAAUUAGCAUUCUCAAGCACCGAUUAAAAUUCUACUCUAUAAUCAGCUUGAGAGAACAGCGAAAACAUAUGCAGAAGUGAUGGCUGUUGAGAAAUUAGAAAUGAGAUUGUCACAACUUAAAUAAUUGAAUUAAUUUUUGAUUGUUGAAAAAUAGCAAUAAUCCAAUCAAUUAUUAUAAGAAUUAGAACAAAAGUAUAACAAUACUGAAAAGUAAGUAGAGUUUGAAACAGCAAAAUAAGAAUAUCAGGAUAUUUAGAUUCGCUUGUAGUAAAUGUUAUCCAUUGAAAAUUAAUAGUUUAUUCAAUCUGUACGUACUCACAAGGUUAUUUUAUUUAGUAGAUGUUAUCCGGAUUAAAUCAGCAAAUUGUUUAUGAUUAAUCACAAAACAAUAUUUUAGAGUUUUUAAAGAAAUUCUAUUUUUCAUCAUUGAUAAAUUUUCAUAAUGUAUUGGUAGAGGACAGGAGGAGUGACCAAGAAGGAUAACAAUAAUAAUAAAAUCCGAAAAUUUAACAAAAAGGAUAAUAGUUAUAAUAAAGUAUGAAAGUUUAUUCCCAAAGACUAUCGCAAUAUCUGUACUUUCUUUUGGUUAGAGAAGAUGAUCCCAAUUUGAAAUUAUUGCUGAGUUUCGUUUUGAUCACUAGAACCCAAAACAAUCUUACAAUGCUAGAAAUCUUAAAUACUUAUAUUCAAUCAUUAAUUCAAGCCUAAAAAUAGAAUGUUAUCGAAGGAUUGAAACAAAUCCUAAAUAUUUUUCCGGAAUUUCAAGACCUAUUUUCAAUGAUUAUAAGAGCUUUCAUUUAACGAACCAAUUUGGAUGGCAGGGUUUAAUUGGAUGAAAAAUAAUUUGAAACUAUAUUAUUGAUUUUAGAUGUUUCCAUUCCGAGACCCAUGAAUUUUGUUUAAGCCUUAAGCGAAGCAAGUUCCAACAUCCUAAGACAAAUAUUGUUGAUAUAUAAAAGCGAUUGUUCCAAAGAGUUUUUAAUUAGUUAAUAAAGUAAAUUAACUAAACUCUUGUCAAUUGAGGUCAAUUAGUAAAUUAUAAACGAUUUGACUUCAUUUCUAGAGCAACUUCGAUCUGUAAAACUGAAGUUGUUAAUUGAGAGAAUUAUAGAAUUUCAUCAAAAAACAGAGAAGAAUAUAUGUUUAUAGUAUAUGGAAUUCAAAGUAUUUUUACCCCAAGAUUAAGAAUUAAUUAGUAAACAUACAUAUUUUGCUAUUUAAAACAAGAAUUACAAACAACCACCAUUAUAGCUUCCAUAACAAUUAUAAAAUUAAAUAUUUUAGCCCUCACAACAUCAAGUAAGACUUCAAACAAAUCCAAGAGCUGUUUAAAAUGUUUAUUAGUUUCUCCAUAUCUUAUCUAUAGCUUCUAAAAUAGAUUGCAAUCAAAUGAAUACUAGAUAAUAUAAGUACAAAAUUAUUUGAUUCUAGUGAGUUGUCAUCAUUAGUCUCUGAUGAAGUUGCAGGUUUUGAAACUUCGUACACUCCUAGUUUAUUUGCUACUCGAUAGAAAAUUAGAGAUGCUUUAGUUUACUUACUACAGCUAUAAAAAUUAGAGUUGAAUUCAUUCACAAGUUUGUGGUAUUUUUCAGAAUAAUUAAAACUUUAUUUGGAAAAAGCAACUAAUGAAAUUCAAAAAAAUCAACUAAGCAAAUAGACUUUCCCUUUUCUGAAUUCGAUUCUCUCUACUUAUUAAAACCCAGACAAAGAAUCAUUAAAAUAUGCAUAACUAAAAACUUAAAUACUGAAAGAUCUAUUCUUUUAACCUAAGGAGACUAAUCAUAUUGAUUUUUAUUACAUGAUGAAAUUAAUUGAAAAUUAUGAUGGCACAAAUUAAUAGAAUUUUCAAUAAAAUGUGAAAAAUUAUUAUAAGAUGGAGUUCAAACAAUAUCUUGAAAGAUUGAAAAAUUAAGGAUCUGAUCAAGUUAAAAAUGCGAUAAACUUAAUAUUUUAGACUUAAUGACUUGAAUAUUGAAU